AUGGGUUUAAAGACUCUGAUAUGUUUGGUGACAACCGCCAUUCUUGUCGUCCUUACUUUCUUCGCCAUUUAUAUAACCCGAGUGCUCCCCAGUAUCCAGUUACAAGAGUUCUACGUUCCCGCACUUAACACCACCACCGGAAAUCUCACCGCAACCAACAACACCAUUUACAUCAACCUCAGGCUCAAAAACAGGAAUCCGGCAACCGGCCUUCACUAUGAUCCACUUUAUCUCAACAUAUCCUUCAUUCCCAACGAAGACAGAAACAACACCAGCAUGAUCGCGUUAGGGGAAUACCGGAUGCGCGGUUUCUACCAAGGGAACGGGAAGGCGAAAAGCGUGAUGGGUGCGUUGAUGACGCGUGGUCUGCCGGUGGCGAGUAGCGGGUUUUUUAGGGUUGAGUUCUUUGGGAAGGUGAGAUACAAGUUAGUCGGGUACAGGAAGAGACACAAGAUGAAGUUGGCAGCAGAUGUGGACGUCGAUGAGAAAACCGGCAACAAAGUUGAAAACGAAGUGAUUAGAUUGGUGAAAUCCGGUGCUAAUUGGUAUAAAAAACGGCCAUCCAUCACGGUCGUGCCCGUUUCUAUGAUCUUGUUGGCCAUGCUUUUCAUUUAA